GGGGCUUUGGCUCUGCGGGCGGAGGCGGCGGAGAAACAUGGCCGCGGCGGAGGCGGCAGAGACUCAGCUGAUGCUGGGAGUGGGUCUGAUCGAAAAAGACACCAAUGGAGAUACUCUGUGGGUCUGGUGUUACCCUUCCACCACAGCUGAAUUAAGAGACAUGCUUUUGAGAAAAUGCUGCCUCACAGGUGAAAAUCAACAGCUUCACACCUUUGUAUAUGGCCAGUAUAGAAGAACAUGGUUUUAUGUCACAACAACUGAAGUUCCAGAUUCUUCUGUUUUAAAAACGGUGACUCAUUUUUCUAUUGUUCUGACUGCCAAAGAUUUUAACCCUGAGAAAUAUGCUGCCUUUACUAGGAUAUUGUGCAGAAUGUACUUAAAACAUGGGAGUCCAGUUAAAAUGAUGGAAAGUUAUAUUGCAGUUCUUACAAAGGGGAUAUGCCAGAGUGAAGAAAAUGGCUCUUUCCUUAGCAAAGAUUUUGAUGCCCGAAAGGCCUACCUUGCAGGUUCUAUCAAAGAUGUGGUAUCUCAAUUUGGAAUGGAAACUGUCAUCUUAUAUACUGCUCUAAUGCUAAAGAAGAGAAUUGUGGUCUACCACCCUAGAAUAGAAGCUAUCCAGGAAUUUACAAGGACUCUGCCUGCCUUGGUAUGGCAUCGACAGGACUGGUCAAUUCUUCAUUCAUAUGUGCACCUUAAUGCUGAUGAAUUGGAAGCAUUGAAGAUUUGCACAGGUUACAUUGCUGGAUUUGUGGACCCUGAGGUGAGCAACAGACCUGAUCUUUAUGAUGUAUUUGUGAAUCUGGCAGAUAGUGAGAUUACAGUUUCUCAACCUGCAAAAGAAGCCAUGACAAUGGGGAAAUUACACAAAGAAAUUGGUCAGCUAAUUGUUCAGUCUGCAGAAGAUCCAGAAAAAUCAGACAGCCAAGUAAUCAAGGAUAUUUCACUCAAAACAAGAGAAAUCUUGACCAAUCUGGCAUCAUUUGCAGAAGUUUCUGAUGAUGGAGAGAAACCAAAGCUCAGCUUUGAGAUGUUGAAACAAAAACGAUUUCCACCAGCUACGGAAAAUUUUCUGUGUCAUCUUGCAGCUGCUGAACAAAUGCUUAAAAUCUGAUUUCAUGAUAGAUUGUAUAGCAGGUGGUCAGUAUGAAGGUCUUCUUUACUAUUGUGAUCCACUAAUGUCAGAUUCUAAAAGUAGAAAAAGAAAAGUUAUAUUUUUAAUGAAUUAUUUGAAAAUUUUGAUAUUUGGUUUUUAAGACCUCUGGAAAGGUCUUGCACUUCUGGAAACAUUUCUCAUUUUCUCAUUUUUCACAGUUUUAUAAAGUCAGUGGAGUUGAGCAAAAUGAUGUAACACUACCACAAAUAAUAUUACAAAAACCAACUUGGAUCCUAGCAUAAGAACAAAAUUAACAGAUGCUUUUCAGAGUUACAGAAAACCAGAAAGCCUUCAAUUUAGUACUACAAAAACCAGUCCAGUUUAUCUCAUUACAUAGCCAUAAUAAUAGUAAUGGUUUAUUUUCAGUAAGCAGCCUGAAAUUUUGCUUUGUAAUCUUCUACGAAGAACUUGAAUUCCUCAUGAGGAACUCUAUUUUCUGAGCCAGACAACAGAAUUUUCUGCAGAAUUGUCUCAAAGAUCAUUUAAAAAGACACUGCAGGAGCACUUUCUUGUAUAAAACAGUUUGUUUUUUUGGCCUUUGAACAUUUUGCCUGUAAUUUUGGGUUUGCAGAGAUUUUAUACUUAGGAGUAGACAACUUUAAUAGUUCAUAUUUAUACUAUUAACAGAAUUAAGCUUCUGGCCUCCUAAAGCCAUCAAUAUACUUCAAGUAACGUUGUACUAGAAAUACACCUGAGGGAUGGAGGAAGAUAUUAUCUCUAUAAAAUACAUAGAUGUCUGUGUCAGAAAUAAUUUUUAUAGUCAAUAAAGAGUGUGAGAAUCACCUCUUUGUUAGAGCCAAAACUUCAGGAACCAUUUUAAGAAUUUCAUUAUUGGUAGUUUGGUUAUAUGGCAAAGCAACUAUCCUUGUUCAUGUACUAUAAUUUUUUAAUAGGAAAAUUUUUUUUAAUUUCCACAUUAGUAUGAAUGUUCAAACCAUAUGUGCCAGUUAUUUUGUUUAAUGUGGUCAUAUAUAUACUUUUUCUUAACAUAGCACUGACUGUAAGAAUUCUUGCUAAGAAGAUGACUCAGUAAAGAACUUAGUUAAAAGCUUCUUUCACUUUCUUCUUUUGAGUGUUAGAAGGCUCUUAAACAUUUCUUUGUUUUUCAUUUUGGUCUUUAAAUUGAGAAGAUGUUUACUAAGAGGAACCAAGUGAAAACUAAAUCUGCACUUUAUAAAAAUGAAUAGCAUGAAUAACA